AUGGAGAACUAUCGAAUCCUCGCAAUCGCGAACGUCGACCUUCUUGCCACGCCCAAAUGGGGCCGCCCACCUAUCAGCGCGAUACUCGAAGAGUGGGAUACGGCGAUCCAGGACCAUGGUACGCAGGACGCGUUUCGCGAGAUCCGCACCUCUGCGGCCCAAAAGGUGGUGUUUGGAAGUCUGGCGAAAAGCUCCCCGCUAUAUUCGCUUCUCCAACGACUUCGACGAUGUGACUGGAAACUCGAGACUGAGGAUCUAGGGGAUCAAUUUGGCUACACUAGCCUUGUCGACCCCAAGUUUGUUCGUUAUCUCGCGCGCAUAUCCGCAUACGCAGCAGACAUCUCCUGGGCGACAGUGGUGGCUGCGGUACAACAAGCUCGCAACGGACGGCUCAGCAGCGUCAACGGUAGAAGCGGACCACACGGCCAGGACUGGCUACCGCAGGACGUCAUGAAUGCGGAGAAGACACUAGGACUUCGUCGCGCUCGAAAGGCGGCCAAGUGUCGCCAUCGAACGAUCCACCGGCAGACCGACGACCGCUUCCCACUACCCAGCGUAAGCACGUCUCGUGCCGCAGGCGAACCAAGUCAGCAUCUGCCGAUGCGCCUUGCAUCCGGCGGCGGACCUGCACCCGUUGUGCCAGGUAGCUCCAGAGCCGAUCCGCGACUGGGCGAGGGGCAGACUAGCAGCUCGUUGCCGAGCAAGGAUUCCUCGCGCGCAGCAGCCCUUCGACCGUAUUCCACAAGGCGAAUGCUUUGCUCGGGCACGCCCACGCCAGCUUCACCAAGGAUACCGCGUGCUCCGCGCAAGCGCACCGUCCUCGGCGAACUAAGGAUCUAA